CUUAUGUUUGCUGUAACCGAUGACUUCUCUCCCACAUUGCACUUUAUUUUCUCUUUGGUUCAGUUUCUUUUCUAUUCAAACGGUUUUCAUUCUGUACUUUCUUGGCUGAAACUCGCGCCUCCACGGAGUAAUUACCUUAUAAAAGAAAAGACUGCUAGGCGGGCAUCGAGACCAAGUACCCGGUCCACUUCCUCAAUAUUCCUCAGGUCAUCAUCUACAACGUGAGGUACCUACCCCGCCUAUCGACUUCAUCCUCACCAGAGUCACCACCACCCGCUGGGCUUCAGCUCUUCCGUUCUUACUUUGACAUUUCUGUCCAUAUUGGGCGUCGACUUCCCUUCUUCCCUCAAUACCAUUAAGGAGAUAUUCAACGAUAUCAUCGGCACAGCACACGGCACACAGGAGACAGCACACAGCAGACGACGUCUACCGCUUUGACCCCGCACCCAUCUCUCCGGCCCGGGCGGCCUUGGUCAAACAGCUCACCAUGGCGCUUCAAUAUGCGCCCUUUACUUCCGACAUAGAGCUUCCGUUUUAUGCAGCUCUCUUCUCGUCAAAAAUCGAUCAUGACAAGCUCGACGACUCGGUCCGUAAGGUUAUUGGCCAGUAUGCGCCGCUUCCUGUUGAGCCUGGGCGCAGUUGCAAGAUGCAAAUCUUGGGUAAUGCGCUCACUAGAGACGAAACUGAAAACGAGGUCAGAGCAGAGAGAGAGCAUAUCAGAGCCGAAGGGUCCAUCAAGAAUGUCAACACCAUGGAAGACUUUAAGAAUGCAGACAAACCAGCUAUUCUCCAGCUGGCUGCACGCCAUAUCUGGGAUGCCAUCAACGACGGCUCCAUCUACGAAGUUCCCUCUCUCCUCUCCUCGUUCACCAUCCUCUCGUACGCCGACCUUAAGAAGUACCGCUUCACAUACUGGUUCGCCUUUCCGGCUCUACACUCCGACCCCCAAUGGAAACGCGUGGGUCCAGUCGGCUACCUCACCCCUACGGAGAGCGCGGCUCUGGUUGACCGAGUCGGGACCUGGACAUCACAACGGGUCAACAGUCGCCAGAACGGCUUCUUUCUGGCCAAGAAGGUCAGGGGCAUGGACCUCAGCGAUUACUCGGAGGACGGGAACCACGAGCUCCACGCCCUCAACAACGAGGCCGGCUACGUGUGGGAGAUUGGCAAGCUGGCCGAUUUUGAAAGCGGGUUCUUCCACGACGUCGCCGACGAAGACCGCUACGUCGCCUUCGUCGACCCUUCGACGUACGCCGAGAACCCGUCGUGGCCGUUGCGGAACCUCCUCUGGCUCGUGCGCCAGCGCUUCCGCCUUGACAAAGUCAACAUUUUAUGCUAUCGAGAGCUCCGGGCCAACCGGAACAGCGCGCGGAGCAUCGUCUUACAGCUCGAGACCGACGCGAAGGAGCCGCUCAACCCCGACAGCAUGCCCAAGGCGACGGGCUGGGAGAGGGACGGCGAGUCGAAACUCCGGGCCCGGGUCGCCAACCUGGCCGAGUACAUGGACCCGGCCAGGCUAGCGGACCAGUCGGUCGACCUCAACCUCAAGCUGAUGAAGUGGCGCAUCGCCCCGAACCUCGACCUGGAGGCCAUUCGGAACACAAAGUGCCUGCUCCUCGGCGCAGGGACCCUGGGCAGCUACGUGUCGCGCAACCUCCUGGGAUGGGGCGUGCGCAAGAUCACGUUCGUCGACAGCGGCCGCGUCUCCUUCUCCAACCCCGUCCGGCAGCCGCUUUUCGAAUUCGACGACUGCCUCGGCGGCGGCAAGCACAAGGCGCCCCAGGCGGCCGCGGCGUUGAGGAGGAUCUACCCGGGGGUGGAGAGCGAGGCACACGUGCUUUCGGUGCCCAUGCUCGGCCACCCUUUCACGGACGAGGCCAAGACGAAGGGCGAUUUCGUCCAGCUGCAGAAGCUGAUUGGAGAGCACGACGCCGUUUUCCUCCUGAUGGACAGCCGGGAGUCGCGGUGGCUGCCGACGGUGAUGGGCAAGGCCGCCGGGAAGAUUGUCCUGAACGCUGCGCUGGGUUUUGAUAGUUUUGUUGUGCUGCGGCACGGGGCGGAGCCGAAGGAUGCUGCGCCUGAUGACAUGGAACGGAAGACAUUGGGCUGCUAUUUUUGCAAUGACGUCGUUGCUCCGGCGGAUUCUCAGAAAAACCUCACCCUCGACCAGCAGUGCACCGUCACACGACCCGGCGUGGCGGCCAUCGCAUCAGCCCAGCUGGUCGAGCUCCUGGCCAGCCUGCUCCAGCACCCGCUCAAACACCACGCGCCGGCGCCGCAAUCUGCGCAUGGCGUCACGCCGGCGCGCGACCCGCCCGACCACCCCCUCGGCCUGGUGCCGCACCAGGUGCGCGGGUUCCUCGGCACGUUCGAGAACAUGGUGAUCCGCGGCGAGUCGUACCCGUCCUGCAGCGGGUGCAGCCCGCACGUCCUGGAGACGUAUCGGCGCGACGGGUGGGGGUUCGUCAAGCGGGCGCUGCAGGAGAAGGACUAUGUGGCGGAGCUGUCGGGUUUGGCGGAUGUGCAGCGGCAGGCGGAGAAGAUGGCGGCGCAGGUGGAGUGGGAGGACGAGGACGAAGGGGCGGAUGAGGGUGAUGGGGAACUGAUUUAAGGGCGC